CACACACACCACAAUCAGUAGAAUGCAGAAUUCCCGGCCGCGAACAUCGUGCCAUGGUUUUCUCCAGUGCGCCGAUGGAUUUCACGCGAGAUAGUUCUGUAGUGGUCAAGGUUUAGAAGUGACUCAGUUUCUUUUUCUAAUAAGCGAAAGAAUUCAAAAUGACAUUUCACAACUUCGUAGUUCUGUCUCUUUUGUGCUCACUGAUGACAGUCAACAGCCAAUGCAUAAGUGCGAAUGACAUCGCAGUCAAUGAGACUAAUAUCGGAGCAGCCACUCGCAAUCUUCUAGAUGGCAGCGCCCAUUUCAGCUUCGACUUGUUCCGUACUCUACAGACAGACAACGCAGUUGACAAGCAUCCCAGUGGAAUGUUUUUCAGUCCAUUCAGCAUUUGGUCAUCAUUAAUCGUCACUUACAUGGGAGCAAAAGGUGUUACAGAAAACGAAAUGAGAAGUGUUCUGGGCAUUCAUAAUUUAGAUAAAUUUACUACUUGGGGUGCAUUCAAAAGCAUACAAAGCUUCGACCAAUAUCGACCAGAGUCCGGAAGUUUGUCUUCAGCAAAUCGGGUUUACUUCCAAGAAAAUACUCGUUUCAAAGACUGCAUAGAAGAAAUGAUUCGAAGCGAGAUCGCUUUCGUCGACUUUGAAAACAAUCCCGAAGCUGCGAGAGAAGCGAUUAAUGCAUGGGUUGAGAAAGAAACCAACGACAAAAUUAAGGAUCUAAUUCCUUCCAACGGAAUUAGUUCUCUCACUAAAAUGAUCAUUGCCAAUGCCGUCUAUUUCAAAGAAUCUUGGCUCCAGCCUUUCAACGAGUUGAAGACAGCUCGUCGCCGAUUCACAACAGCAGAGAGGAAAGAAAUAUUCGUAAACAUGAUGCAAACUAGAGGUAGAUUUCUUUAUGGAAAAAGCGAAGAAUUGAACUGUUAUGCCCUUGACCUUCCUUAUACUGGCAACACCUUGAGCAUGACUAUUCUUCUACCGAAAAAUCGUUACCGCGGAGUACGUGAUCUAGCAUACAAUCUGACUCCUAACCGUCUACGAAAUCUUUUAGCCGACAUGUAUCCAAGAGAGGUUGUGGCUUAUGUCCCCAAGUUCAAAGUCGAAGAUACAUUUGAACUUUCAUCAGUCCUCAACAAGAUGGGGCUUCGAUCCCUGUUUGAUCCCAGAAGAGUCGACUUGUCAGGAUUCACUGGGCUAAGAGAGUUCACUGUCGACUCUGUCUUGCAUAAGGCAUUUGUUAAAGUUGAUGAAAAGGGAACAGAAGCUGCUGCUGCAACAGCUGUCAUAACUUCACGAAGUGCAAGGCCUCUUGGGCCAGCAACCUUCAAUGCUGACUAUCCAUUCGUGUUCUUUAUUCGUGAUAGUAUAAGUAAUGUAAUUCUCUUCAUUGGAACCGUUCAAAACCCAUCUGAAGUCGAUAAAGAAUGAUUUUUUGUUCAGUAGAGAUCAUUACACAUUUGAAAAUGAACAUUACCAAUGUCUCGCACAUCAUUUUACAUUUUUCAAAGUCAUUUGAAACUGCAGUAUUAUUCAUUCGAAGUGCUUUUAUGCUUGGAUACUUUCCUAUACUUUUGAGACUUUUACAACAUUUGUAGCAUACUAAAUGUCAUUUGAACGUGGGCAGCUGAUGACGAAAAAAUAAAUAAAAUCUCGGAUUGCCAAAGAGAAUAAAACUUUUUCUGUAAA